UGUGAUAGCCAGUUUUGCGAGUGCUCGUCGAAAACCCGUAAAGGAAAGGUACGGCAUCCAAUUGGCUUCGUAAAAUCGAUUCAUUGAACGGCAGAAGCAUAGGGGAAAGCGAUAAAAUACGAGUACAGUCGUACGGAACGCAUUUUGUGCCCGGAAAAGUAGAACCAUUUCCGAUCCUAGCCAAGUCUGGUUACGGUAAGCAAAAGCCAAACUGUGGAGCAGACAAAACGAGGUUUUUUGCAUAUGUGUUACGAUUCGGCGUAGCUGUGGUAGGACAAAAUUUUCAUUCGUGUAUUUGUCAACUGCUAAAAGCGCAUCGUGUGAAACGCAAUCAAACCGAUAGUGACCAAUUGGUUGAUGGACGAUACGAGUGCACCUGAAGAGAAACGGCCGGUUUGAGGACAGCGGCCGGGCUUGUCCGGGAGCGUCCGUCUGCGGCGGCCGAAGUACGGUACAGUGUGAGUUGAUUUUCUUUUCCCGAAUUUCCUUUCCUUUGGUUUGGUGGUCCACAGGAUAGAAGGACGAUCAUCUGUAUAUUCAACGUUAAAGUCGAUGUGCAUUCAUAUCUCAAAGAAAACUAGUGACAGAACCAACGAAAGUGUGUUUUGGGGAUGAAUUAUAGUGUAAGGCGCAGUGCUAAGCGAGGCCUACGGAAAAGUGAACUUUUGAGUGCAACAAACAACCGAAAAUCCACCAGCUUUUUUAGAUCGUCGCAACGAUAUCCUGUUGCCGUUGCUCAUUACACGGUUGCUGUGGUACGUGAAGAGCGAACUCGCAGUCUCACUCGGAAUCAAUCAGCCUCCGAAACGGCGACAAUUGAGUACAGCGAGGAAAAAUCUGCUUACAAAAUACUGAAGAAACGAAGGAAAAAACACUCUUCUUCCUCCAUCCUUGGUUUUCGAGCGAUAGGCCAAGAACAGGUACAGCAACAGCAGAGACCGUCGCUGCUACAACAGCACCAACAACGCUACCGGCCACCACCGCAGCACAAUCCUUCGAAAAAGCAGUUGCGCGCACGUGAACAGUUACAACGCCGGCACCGGGCAGUCGAACGAGUUGGUGCGUACCACAGCGACGAUCGGAAGCAAAUUGGUGGUGCUGGUAGUAGUGGUUGCAGCACCAACAGCAGCAAACGCGGCCGGAACCAGCGGCAGGCGCCCGUUUCAGGAGCGACAACAACGAGUUGCUGCGGAAACAGCAGGAACAAUAGUAUCGGUUCCGGCGUCGUCAGUGCUAACGGCAGUCGACGCAACAUGACGACCGACACUAGACGACGCGUCAAGCUGUACGCCCUGAAUGCAGACCGCCAGUGGGACGAUCGAGGAACCGGUCACGUCACAUCCAGCUAUGUAGACCGUGUAAAAGGUGUAUCACUUCUCGUGCAUGCAGAGAACGACGGUUCGAUGCUGCUGGAAAGCAAGAUUCAUUCCGACACAAUCUACCACAAGCAACAGGACACAUUGAUUGUGUGGAGUGAGGGCGAUAAUUUUGAUCUGGCGCUCAGCUUUCAGGAGAAGGCGGGUUGCGAUGAAAUAUGGGAAAAGAUUUGCCAGGUACAAGGAAAAGAUCCGUCGGUGGAAAUAACACAGGACGUAGUAGAAGAAUCAGAAGAUGAGCGUUUCGAGGACAUGUCCGAUUCGGCGCCGCCGAUCGAACUGCCACCGUGUGAGCUAUCACGCUUGGAGGACAUUUCGGAGGUAAUUGCCAGUGGACUAACAACAGCAAACCGAAAAGAUAAACUGGCUAUGGCUAUCGAGUCGGAAAACUAUAUCAAAAAGUUGCUGGGCCUGUUUCACAUCUGCGAGGACCUGGACAAUCAGGAAGGGCUGCACUAUUUGUACGAGAUUUUUAAGAACAUCUUCCUGUUGAACAAAAACGGUUUGUUCGAGAUCAUGUUCGCCGAGGAUACGAUCUUCGAUGUCGUUGGUUGCCUCGAGUACGAUCCGUCCGGCAACCCGCCGAAGAACCAUCGCCAGUAUCUGAAGAAGCUGGUCAAGUUCCGGGAGGCGAUACCGAUCCGGAACACGGACCUGCUGGCGAAGAUACACCAGACGUACCGGGUGCAGUACAUACAGGACAUUGUGCUGCCGGCGCCGUCCGUGUUCGAGGAUAACAUGCUGAACACGCUGUCCUCGUUCAUCUUCUUCAACAAGGUGGAGAUUGUAACGCUCAUCCAGGAGGACGAAAAGUUCCUGGACGAUCUGUUUACGAUGCUGACCGAUCCGCAAACGCCGGACUCGAAGCGUCGAGACAGUAUACUGUUCCUGAAGGAGUUCUGCAACUUCGCCCAGUUCCUGCAGCCGCAAGGCAAGGAAACCUUUUACAAGACGCUGAUCAGCCUCGGUGUGCUGCCGGCACUGGAGAUAACACUCGCAAUCAACGACAAGAAAACGAAGGAGGCGUCCAUCGACAUACUGAUCACGAUUGUUGAGUAUUCGCCUUCGAUCGUGCGUGACUAUACGCUGCAGCAGUUCAACAACUCGGACAGUGAUGAGACGCUGAUCAACAUUUCCAUCGAGCAAAUGCUGUCGGAUUCCGAGCCAGAGCUUGGUGGCGCUGUUCAGCUGAUGGGUGUGCUGCGAAUCUUGUUGGAUCCGGAAAAUAUGCUGAGUUCGUCGAACAAGUCGGAGAAGUCUGAUUUUCUCAACUUCUUCUACAAACACAGCAUACAGACACUGAUUGCCCCUCUUCUACGGCAAACACAAACCGAGAAACCCGUCAGGGAGGACUACCAUUCGGUGCAGCUGUUGGGGUUGGUCUUGGAACUGCUUGCUUUCUGCGUGGAACAUCACACCUACCACAUCAAGAAUUGUAUCAUCAAUAAGGAUCUACUGCGGCGUAUUCUCGUGCUGAUGAGCAGCCGACACACUUUCCUCGUGCUGGGAGCACUUCGAUUUUUGCGUAAAAUAGUGGCUCUGAAGGAUGAAUUUUACAACAGGCACAUUGUAAAGGGUAAUCUGUUCAAACCCGUCGUGGAGGCGUUCAUCCGUAACAAUAGUAGGUACAAUCUGCUCGAAUCGGCGAUACUGGAGCUGUUCGAGUUCAUCAAGCUGGAGGACAUAAAGUCGCUGUAUACGUACUUCGUGGAAAAUUUCGGACAAAAUUUCGAAGACGUGCAGUAUGUGCAAACGUUCAAGACACUCCGAAGCAAGUACGAUCAGCAGCAGGAUCGGUUGAAGGAGAAGGAGAAGGUUAACUUGGAUAGUGUACCCUCAAUUUUGCGGAAUAGUAAUCGUUACCGGAGGGAUCAGCGACAAAUGGAGGCCGAGGAGGAAAUAUGGUUCAACGAGGACGAGGAUUACCCUGAGGGCGCAGGUAAAAUGUUCGACAAAAAAGCUAUGGACACAACAAGCAGCCUAAAUGGGCCGAAGUAUGGCGGUGGGCCUUCACAUCCGCUCCUCCACACGACGGUCACUGCGACAGCUACAUCCGCCGACGAAUCUGAAACGGCGAACAUGCUGACCAUCAACAACGGUACCGAUGGUGCUGAUGUUACCGGUAGCGGCGGUGGCCUCGUGCCCACCCCUUCUGUCGCUGGUGGCGAACACAGCGGUGGCGAUCUGCAGUCCACAUCGUUGGAGCCGAGCAGUAGUCUGUCGCACGCGAUUGCGAGCAACAAUGGCCUUCAGUCGUCGUCGGUAGCAGUGGAGAGCGGCAGUUCCUUGGAUGUGAAUCACCACCUAAAACAGCAUCAUUCUCAUGUGUUGGGUCAUGGUGGUCCGGUCGUCAGUUCGGCUAGUUUGACCCCGGCGGAGGAGUCGGCGCUGGAGGACGCCAACAGCCUUGUCGUGAGUGCACUCGGCGAGAGCGACCUAUCGUCGGUGUACCAGCUGCAACCGUCUACUGCCAAAAUUGACAAAUAUCCUGCCACUGUCGAGUCACCCGCCAGCAGUAGCAGCAGCUCCGGUGAUGAAGUUACUGCUGUUGCUCCUUCUACAUCGUCCAUUCCGGCCACCGGUGAUGCGUGUCUCAAUGGGUUGGCGGUCGUUGUUCCUGCGGAGCAUAGUAGCGCAGUACCAGUAGCUUCCACAAACAUCGACGAUGGAGCGAGCUGCAGCGUCAGUAGUGAUCCCCCCGUCAGCGCCAUCAAAACGCUGAACCCCGCAGCUGAUGAAUCUCUUCUUGGUGGAGAGGUGGAAACUUCCACGCAGUUGUCAGCGUCGGCUGCUGGAAGAGUUCAUGGCACGACGUCAGAUGCUGCGUCAGCGGUAGUUACGUCCACGGAGAUGAUGAUGAAUACUGAUAUUAGCGCUGAUGCCCCGGCAGGAAGCAGUAUCAGCAACAGCACCUCCGGCGAUGCUAAACCGACCGUUUCCGACGAUAGUGAGGGUAGUCGAGAAAAUCGAAAGCGAGCAUUGGACAGCAACGAGAAUGGCGAUGAAGUGAGUACCACCUCUACGACGUCCUUGGUAGUAUCCCCCGUGCUAGACUCUGCUCCCGCCGUCGACGAACCGAACGUGUCGGCUUUGGAAGAUACACCGCAGGCUACUUCUUCCUCCUCAAUGGGUUCAACAAGUGCAUCCACUUCUUCCGUUGUGGGUGGCCUGAAAAAGGGGCUCGUCGACUACGAGGGUGAUUCCGAUGACGAGGACGACGACGAUGACACAGACAGCAGCCCGGCACAGAAAAAGGCGAGAAUAGCAUAGCACGUUACGGCACCACCGUUCUCCGCCAAAUGUCCGUAUCAGCAACGCCAUCAAUCAACAACAACAUCCACAUCAACAGCGGCGGCGACGGGUUGCAACACUACUAUAACUAAUUUUACUACAACUUCAAAUACUAUAACUACUACUACUACUACUACUACUUCCACUACUGGUGCGGAAGUAGAGAGGAACGUGACUGCCUCUGACAGCAAGCCCAACGCCACCAUCACCGUUGGCCUCCUUCCAUCCGUUCUAAGUUCCGUGGCUCCCAUCGAUUCUAUUUCAUCCUCGGCUCCAUUAGCAGAGGAAGAGCACCAGCAGCAGCAGCAGCAGCAGGACAUAACGACGAUGCGAGAAGGUAGUGACGGUAACGACGCAAUCAGUGAUCCGUCGGCCGAUUGUUCAAGCGUUAAGGAACUUGACUCUACCAAUCCAUUAUCGACAGCGUGAGGUCGCUCUGCUGGCCACUGCCACUCCAUCGUUUGAUGCCCAUCUCAGAGCUACUGAGUCGACGGGGGUUGGUUUGUACUGCCGAACAGUUGGUUGGUUUGUAAAUUUAAUUUUUCAUCUCAUACAUUACAUAUACAUAAUAUGAACAACGUUUGUAUGCCGUUAGAAAACAAAACAAAGAACAACCACUACCACCUUUAAAUGGGAUGCGCACGUAACCGCGACGUUUUGAACGUUCUUUGUGUUUUCGGUCCUCCGUCGUAUACUGUUUUUAGUCUUGUACGCAGAAUAAAAUACUUUUAUCGGAAUGAGUA